CGGUUUCACACAAAGGUACCUCACAGUUUGGUGUUGAGCUUCUUACCCUCUCAAUCCAAUCGCAGUCAAUAAGAGACACGGCACAAUGCUCCUCGCCAUUAGCGACGUUUGGAAAUCCGAAUCGACAAGGCCGCCACCAGACCAUCACAUUAUCCGCGCUCCCACGGCACAUGGCGACUCUGGCUGGGCGUCGUAUAUCCCCUCGUGGGCUCCCUCUCCCCGGCGGACACGUCCUUCCCUGUCCAAGAACCCAAUAGCAGGUUUUCGUAAUCCCUGGCCUUCCUGGCACAAGCCCACGGCUUCCGAAAUUUGGGACAGCUUCAGUUGGGGCGCAGACGAUGACCCCUGCAUCGACCUGGCAGCUUCGCAUCUCGACGGCGAACACCCUGCUACAAAGUUUGAACCGAGCCAACUACCGAACUUCAGCGACCUCAGUGAUUGGCCUGGUUCACUCGGCGCCAAAGCAGCUCGGUUGUUGCGGAUCGAGAAGCCAGACUUCUCAUUCCCUCCGGGCAACACCAGGGCCAAAGUAACAUGGCUCGGCCACGCAAGCGUCCUUGUGCAGCUUCCUUCGAUCACACCAGGAGAAGACCAGCCGGUGCGAUGCCUUUUUGAUCCCACCUUCUCGAUGCGCUGCUCUCCAAGCCAGAAUGCUGGUCCCAUACGCUCGUACCCGCCUCCCUGUGAUGUCGCGCAUCUUCCUCCCAUCCAUGCCGUCUUUAUCAGUCACAACCACUACGAUCACAUGGACUGCGACACUCUCGUGGCCAUCUGGAAACACAGCCAUGACUCAGUCCGCUUCUUCGUUCCCUUGGGAAACAAGCCGCGGCUGAUGGAAUGGGGCAUCUUUGCCGAUCGCGUCACAGAAAUGGACUGGUGGGAUUCAGCUGGGCUCAUCUACCCAUCCUCGAUCGGGGGGCAGAUCGUAGUCACCUGCACCCCGGCGCAGCACAACAGCUGGCGAUCCGGCGUCGACGCCGACUCAACGCUCUGGUCGAGCUGGUGUGUGGAGCAUUAUGCUCCUGAUCAGCAGAAGCAGCCGUACCGCGUCUUUUUCGCUGGCGACACGGGCUACCAGUUCCAUGGUGACCCUUCCUGGCCUCCUCGCCCCCCUCGUCUAGGCAGCUUCGAACCGGCUAGUCCUCCCGCAGCAUCCACCCAGAAAAGAGGGAGAGAAGAGGUGAGGGAGCUCCCGCCUUGUCCCGCCUUCGCACAGAUACGAGAGCGCAUCGGCCCGCAGCAUCUCUUAUUGCUACCCGUCUCGGUCGGCGCGUCGUUUGCCUAUUUGAGGAGCUUCGUUCCUCUGCCCGACUGGAUCAACCCUUUUCCGCGGCACAGCCCCGGCGUCACGGGGGCGAACCAUAUGCCCCCGUGGGAUGCGGUUCAGGUGUUGAAGGUCAUGACUGAGAGUGAGGAGAACGUCGAGACCGAUGAUGGCCGGGAAGAGGCGGCGGAGGUUAUGCCGAUCGUGGCCGUUGCUAUGCACUGGGGCACGUUCGUCACGGAGCCGAUCGAGGUGCUCAAGACGCUGGGGCAACUUGAGUGGGCUUGUCAACAGCACGGCGUGCGCUUUGCAAGGUCCCUGGAUGGCCUCGAUGCCGCAGGGAAGGAGGCUGAUGGGCCGAAUGGGAGCGUUGAGCGGCCAGGCCUGAGUGAGCCAUGGUUUGUGGCACUAAACCAUGGUCAGAGUGUUACUGUAUAGGUAAAAAUGCUGGCCGGAUCUGCACAUUCGCUUGUUGCGAACAUUACAUCUUCUCUCUGCGCUUGCCAAUAUAUGCGUGUUGGAGCGCAUGCAGGCAAUUGGGAGUCCCCUGAAAGCUUAUGUUUCGCUCUGCAUUUCUAGACGGAGCGAUAGAGUCCGCAGCAGCACAACUUUCCCGUCGUCUCAGCCCAAUUGUAGGCUCCUGAUCGCACUGCAACUAUUCGACAACAGUGUGCAGGAACACAUGGAAACUUUGGAUCAUGGUUAGGUAGGGUUCCCUUUGCAGGCAUUCGCAAGUUCACUUAGUACUGUGUCUGCUCCCUGCUUAGGUGACUCUACUGAGUCUACUGCAUGCCGCACAACAUCCGGGCAUACUCACAAUGAGGGCGUCAACCAGUCUGAAACUUCCACGGGGAUGU